ACCAGGUGCUAGAAAGAUGAUUUAAUGAAAUGCAAAUACAUAUUUUAGAAAAUAAACACUGCACAUCUGCUUUUAAACCAUCAAGCUCCAUAGACUUCCACUGUAAGUGCAUUAAUGUAAUGCAAUUUUUGUUUUUUACAUACUAAGAGUCAAAAUGAAUUGAUCUUUGGUAAUUGAUUUGUUUAACUCAUAUUCCUGCAGUUCCUCCUGUGUUCGUGGUGCGACCCAGGAAUCAAGUGGUCGGGAUGGGCCGAACCGUGACCUUUCAAUGCGAAGCCACAGGAAGUCCUCAGCCUGCCAUAUUUUGGCAGAAAGAAGGCAGUCAGAACCUUCUGUUCUCCUCUCAACCUCCUCCUCCCUCCAGUCGAUUCUCUGUCUCUCAGACGGGCGAUCUGACCAUCACAGCGGUGGAGCGUUCGGACGGAGGCUACUACAGCUGUCAGGCUCUGAACAUCGCUGGCAGUGUGAUCACCAAAGCCCUGCUGGAGGUUACAGACGUGAUCUCAGACAGACCUCCACCCAUCGUCCGCCAGGGUCCCACCAACCAGACCGUGGCUGUGGAUGGGACGGUGGUCCUGGGAUGCCAAGCCACCGGCACGCCGACUCCCACCAUCCUGUGGAGGAAAGACGGGGUCCUGGUGUCCACCCACGACUCUCGCCUCAAACAGCUGGACACAGGAGCCCUGCAGAUCCGUUACGCCAAGCUGGGAGACACUGGCAUGUACACCUGCACCGCGUCCACCCCCAGCGGAGAGGCGUCUUGGAAGGCUUACCUGGAGGUGCAAGAGUUUGGCGCUCCGGUUCAGCCGGGCCGACCCACAGAUCCCAACCUCAUCCCCAGCGCCCCCUUCAAACCAGAAGUCACGGACGUCAGCCGCACCUCUGUGUCUCUGUCCUGGAAGCCCAACCUGAAUGCUGGAGCCACGCCCACCUCUUACGUCAUAGAGGCCUUCAGCCAUGCGGCGGGCAGCAGCUGGCAGACGCUCGCGGAUCACGUGAAGACCGAGAGCUUCGUUCUGAAGGGUCUGAAGCCCAGCGGCGUCUACCUGUUCCUGGUGAGAGCGGCUAAUGCGUACGGCCUGAGCGACCCGAGCCCCAUCAGCGACGCUGUCAAAACACAAGACGUCCCACCAACCAGUCAAGGAGUGGACCAUGGGCAGAUCCAGAGGGAGCUGGGAGAUGUUGUCAUUCACCUCCACAAUCCCACAAUUCUCUCAUCAUCUUCUGUCAGAGUCCAGUGGACUGUCGAGCAGCAGUCUCAGUACAUUCAGGGCUAUAAGGUGAUGUACCGGCCGUCCCCAGAGGGCACUCAGCAGUGGGUGGAAUGGGCCACGUUUGAGGUUCGAACCCUGGGGGAGAACAGCGCAGUCGUCACCCAGCUCAAGAAGGGCGUGACCUAUGAGUUCAAAGUCCGACCUUUCUUCAACGAGUUCCAAGGCACAGACAGCGACAUCAAAGUGGCCAGGACCCUGGAGGAAGCGCCCAGCGCUGCUCCCAGGGGGGUCACCGUAACGGGAAGCGGAGACAAUGGCACAGCUAUUCUGGUAUCCUGGCAACCGCCCCCGGAGGAGGAGCAGAACGGCGUGGUGCAGGAAUAUAAGAUCUGGUGUCUGGGUAAUGAAAGCCGAUAUCACAUUAACCGCACGGUGGAUGGAUCCACACUCUCGGUUCUGAUUCCCGGCCUGCUCGCAGGGGUCACGUACAGGGUGGAGGUGGCAGCCAGCACAGGGGCCGGUCCCGGGGUCAAGAGCGAGGCUACGUCCUUCCAGCUGGACUCGUCAGGCCGUGUUCUUCCGCCGCCGCUGGACGAUGACAAUACAAUUUCCCAGCAGAUCUCAGACGUGGUGCGUCAGCCGGCCUUCAUCGCGGGCCUCGGCGCGGCCUGCUGGAUCAUCCUCAUGGUCUUCAGCAUCUGGCUGUACCGCCACCGUAAGAAGAGGAACGGCCUCAGCAGCAGCUACGCCGGCAUCCGCAAAGUGCCCUCCUUCACCUUCACCCCCACAGUGGCCUAUCAGAGAGGAGGAGAGGCCGUCAGCAGUGCUGGAAGGCCAGGCUUGUUGAACAUAGGUGAACCAGCUACCCAGCCCUGGCUUGCAGACACAUGGCCGAACAGCUGCUCCAAUCACAACGACUGCCCCAUCAACUGCUGCACCGGCAGCAACGGAAACAGUGACAGCAACCUGGCCACCUACAGCCGCCCAGCCGACUGCAUCGCCAACUACAGCAACCAGAUGGACAACAAGGCCAGCAACCUUCUGGCUCCCGACACGGGCCUUUACAGUGACGUGGACCUCUCCAACAAGAUCAACGAGAUGAAGACCUUCAACAGCCCCAACCUAAAGGAUGGCCGUUUUGUGGGUCUUGGUGGUCAACCUACGCCCUACGCCACCACCCAGCUCAUCCAGUCCAGCCUGGCCAACAACAACGUGAACAGCAGCAGCGGCGGAAGUGGAGGAGGAAGUGCUGACAUUAAUGAGAAGCUGAGCUGGAAGAGCAGCCAGGGAACGCCUCAAAAACAGGCUGACAUCAACACGCCACUGCAGUAUAACGUCAUGGAGCAAAACAAAUUGAACAAGGACCACUAUCGAGGUGAGGGGCCCGUCUCAGGCACCAUCCCCUAUAACCAGGCCCAGGACGUCCUCACAGGAGGAACCUACAGCAGCUCCGACAGGGGGAGCAGCACUUCUGGAAGUCAAGGACAGAAGAAAGGUGGGCGAUCAACUAAACAGAUCAAACAGAACCCAAUGAAUUGGACUGAACUGUUGCCUCCUCCUCCUCCGGUUAAUCCACCACCGUGUCAGGAAUACACCCUCGCGAUGGAUGACAGUUAUGACACAGACCUGCAGUGCCCUUUGCCGCCGUCUCGUAUGUAUCUGCAACCUGACGAGCUAGAAGAGGAGGAGGACGAGGUGGAGCUGGAGCGCGGACCUACGCCGCCUGUACGGGGAGCAGCUUCCUCACCUGCCGCCGUAUCCUACAGUCACCAGUCCACCGCGACCCUCACCCCGUCCCCUCAGGAGGAGAUGCAGCCCAUGCUGCAGGAUAACCCUGACCUACACGAGCGCAGGCGACUCUUGGUGAGCCCACCCCCUCCACCACGCCCCCUCUCCCCUCCACACACAUACGGCUACAUCUCCAGCCCCCUGGGUCUGGACACGGACGGCCUGGAGGAAGAAGAGGACGAGGAAGAGGGUGACGAGAUGGAUGCGGAGGUGGCUCGAGUCCACCAGCUCCACACCCACCCUCACCAGCAGCACUUGCCCCAGCAGAGGGCUCUCCUGCGGGGCCUGGAACAGACCCCGGCCUCCAGCACCUGUGACCUGGAGAGCUCCGUCACCGGGUCUAUGAUCAACGGCUGGGGCUCGGCUUCAGAGGAAGACAACGCCUCGUCGGGUCGCUCCAGCGCCGUCAGCUCAUCGGACGGAUCUUUCUUUACCGAUGCUGAUUUCGCCCAGGCCGUGGCAGCUGCGGCCGAAUAUGCUGGUUUACGCGUGGCAAAGCAUCCUGGGAAAGGCCACCAUCAGCUUCCAGUGUCUGGAGCAGCACGGAAAUACCAAAACCUCCCUGCGGGACACCGUCCAUGCAGCCCAGUGUCCACAGACAGUAACGUUAGCGCAGCCCCGGGUCAGAGGAGGCCCCUAAAGAGGCAAAAACAACAUCCAGCUGCUCAGACAGGCUACCAGCGUCGAGAGGCCUACACAGAGGAUCUCCCCCCUCCUCCGAUUCCUCCUCCGGCUAUGCUGAAGUCUCCAACACACCCGGCCAAAACCAUCCCGGAGGGCCCACGGGGGGCCAUGUCGCCCAGAUCCAGUUCUGCUGAUGGCAAGGACAAGCGGACGGGUUCGGGCGGACCCAGACCCCGGGAUGGCUCGGACACCCGGACCAGCUCUUCAGAACGGCGGGAGGGCCAGGAUGUACAGAAGGGUCAGAGGACGGGGAAAAGCAGCAAACAAGAUGCCGGUGCAAGCCAUAAGAGCCGCCAGCACCCAGGAUCAGAGGACAUCCUACCUUACAGUCGCCCAUCUUUCCCAGCCGUCCACAAUCCUCGUGGAGAAAGAGACCCCAGCUCCUCCAGUUCACUGUCCUCUCGAGGGUCCGGUGGACGACGGAGAGGUGAAGGGGCUCCGGGGGCCCGCAGAAACCCUGCAGAUGUUGGGCUAAACACCAUAGGAGCCUUCCAGACAGGAGGGGAGGAGCUUGAGAUGAUGGAGAGCUGAAGAUAUUAAAAAAAUGGCUGUCUAAAGUUCCUCAGCAACCAACUUCAGCGCAGUUUGACCAUCUCGGCGGUAUCUUUUACUGAAAACUACCGACCCAGAGUCACGUUUGGAAAACUGACCAACCAUUCUUCAUUUAUUUACCUUAAUUUUCAAUGUGCAUUUAAAGAAGAAAAAAGACAGAAGAAAACAAAAAAAC